AUGAUUACUGGUCCAAGAGAAGGAGGAGGAGGAGGAGGAGAGCAGCAAUCCGUUGCAGCUGGUCCGAAGGAGACCUCUCCGACCCCUGCAAUAUCCCCAGCCCCACCAGACGAGCUGGCUAGAGAGUAUGGCAUCAACACCGAGGUUCCUGAACCGACGGAUUUUCCGGAUUUGCACGAUGGUGAUGACGACGAUGGAGGUAUUGAGAGUGAUGGCGACUCUGUUUUUGACGAGAACAGCAUCAACUCUGAAACCACAUCACUUAAUUCAUCUGUGAUAAAGUAUAGGGAGGAGAUCGGACGACGAUACCAUGCUUACGGGACCAUGGAGCAUUGGGGUCCAAAUGACGAACAUGCUCAGGAGCAACAAGAUCUGAGCCAUCACUUGUGGACGCUGGUUUUGAAUGGGAAUCUCUAUCUUGCUCCAAUCAGAGAUCCAAAGAGUGUUUUGGAUCUAGGAACCGGUACAGGAAUCUGGGCUAUUGAUAUGGCCGACGCCCAUCCGCAGGCGGUUGUCAAAGGCAUCGACCUGUCACCGAUCCAGCCGUCAUGGAUUCCCCCCAAUCUCAAAUUCGAAAUCGAUGACUACAACCUGGAGUGGCUCGACAAGGGGAAAUAUGACUUAAUCCACGGACGUGAGCUACUCGGGACCGUCCCAAACUGGGUGGAGUUCUAUCGUCAGGUUCUUAGUGGCCUUAAACCAGGCGGCUGGUUCGAACAGGUUGACCCGACCAUCUUCCUCGUCUCAAAUUACGGCACUCUACCCCCUGGCCACGUCUUCCAUCAAUGGAGCGAGCUUAUGGACGAGGGAGGCCGUAAGGCGGGCCUGGAUUUUAAUACCGCUCACCACAUCAAGAGAUGGCUCGAGGAAGUCGGAUUUGUCAACGUCACGGAAGUGAAAAUGCCGAUACCAGUUGGCAGUUGGCCUAAAGAUCCCCGCCAGCGAGAGAUCGGCGCCUUCAACCAGCUCCGGAUCGAGCAGGGCGUGUUGGACUUUUGUGGACGCAGAUUCACCAAUAAUCUUGGAUGGUCACGAGUGCAGCUUGAAGUAUUCUGCGCCGCUAUGAGAGACGCAGUGAGGGAUUCGAAACUCUUGGCUCAUCACUACGCGUAUUUUGUCUAUGGCCAGAAGCCUGGGAAUCUUGGAAAUGAAUGAUGUACAUCAUAUGGAUGGAUAAGCUAUCUUGUUCCAAUACCAGGAAUCCCCCAGUAUUGAAUACAGUAUUCCGUUUGAGGUCCAUGAAAAAAAGAGCUAUACUAGUAAUAAUUUUACAUUUCUGGAAUCUUGCACCUUGAGCAAGCCACCGAGC